AUGACCAGCCCCCUCGAGAAGACGGGCGCCAAUUUCCCGUGCAAGGGAUACCUCUCCGACUCGACGGGCAAGGAGUCUGUCGCCAGCUGGGCGGCUGGCUCUACUCAGACAGUAACCCUCGAAGGAAGCGCGAUCCAUAACGGUGGCUCGUGUCAGUUAUCCAUCUCCGAGGACGGCGGCUCGUCGUGGAAGGUCAUCAAGUCCUUCAUGGGCAACUGCCCUGCGAGCGCGGGCGGCGUCAGCAUGAGCGUUACGAUCCCGAAGGACGUCAAGAGCGGUGACGUCCUCUUCGCUUGGACAUGGAACAACAACACGGGUAACCGCGAGUUCUACAUGAACUGCGCGGUCGUCACCAUCCAGAACGGCGGCGGCGGCCUCUCCGCGUACCCGGACUUGUUCGUUGCGCAGCUCAGCAACAUCAACUCCUGCACCAUCCCGGAGGGCGUCGAUGUCCUGUACCCCAACCCCGGCAACCAGGUUGAGCGCGUCGAGGGCAAGCUGGGCGCACCCGUCGGCAACUGCGGCUCCUCGUCUGGCGGUGGUGGCGGCUCGCCGCCUCCUGCUACCACCCAAGCUCCCCCGCCGGCUACGACGCAGGCUCCGCCGCCACCGGCAACGACCGCGCCUUCAACUGGCGCGUGCACGGAGGGCGAGGUCCGCUGUGACAGCGAGAAGAGCUGGUCGAUGUGCGGUUCAGGUUACUGGCAGUCGAUGGGUGCGGUCCCAGGCGGGAUGGUCUGCCGGAAUGGUGCCAUCGUCGCUGCGCGGAAGCGUGCGGUGCACAACAAGGGUCGCUGGCAGCAUCGGUCGCUCUGA